AAGUAUUAUGUUGACAUAGAAAGAAAAGAAGUUGGUUUUGAUUUAUCUUUACAUUCAAAAGAUACAAAUGAAAAAUAUAGACUGUAUGAACAGGCAGGUAACUAUACGCUACAUCAAAGUCAAAGAAUCAAGAAUAAUUUUUUGGAUAAGCAGAUGGAAGCUGCCCUUCGGCAUUACAUAGGAAAGUCUGAACCAGAUAAAAAUGACAAAAUGGAAAGAAAACAAGAGAAAAGGAUCCACGUGCAAAGAAAAAUAAAAAAGAAUAUGUCAGCUUUAACCAUGCCUGACCGCUUUUUAGAUAAUUGUGUCUACCCGAGCAGCAUAAACCCAAAAUCAUGUGACCUGGAAGAUAUUUCAUCAAACCUCAUUUAUAACCGUCCACCCGACAUUUCACAUGGAGAGUUUAAAAGACUUGUUGCUUCGGCUGCAGAUCUUAUUGUAGCCACUACUCCAGGCUGUCCUUUACCACACAUCUUCAUCAACACAAAGUCAAAGGGCAAUCUUCAGGUGUUAAGAUACCAACCUGCAGGCAGGAGCCUCCUUCCAGCAAAGAGUCAUCAACUCUGAAUAAGGAGUGUCACACCCAAUUUGUAGAAAAUGAGGAUUUUGGUUCAACAAAGCUUCAUACUAUACCUGAGUGCUCUUCAAAGGU